AGAAAGUUACUGAAAUGUAAGUUAUGUAAUCAGUGGUCCUUGUUUGUUUCAACCACAAAGUGUGGCAUUUGGUUUUGUGUGAGUUGUAGACUACAUUUUGCAGUAGCAAGUUGACUUUGAAAAGGUUAAAGGGGAAACUUGAGUUCCAGGAUCCGAUAAAAGUAAACAUUUUAAUACAGAGCUUUCAGGGUACAGGUAAGACCAAUAGUAUGAUGGUAAAGCAUGGCUAAAAGGCAAAUGGCGCAAAUUAAAAUUAUUCUUCUGAGUCUCAAGAUUAUAUAGUCAUUCUGAGUUAUGUAUAUGCAUCAGUACAUAUGUUGACUGAUAUGAAACUGUUACAACUUUCAAUUGAACAAUGAGAACAGUGAGACAUUUGCUACUUUGGGUACAGAGCGAGAGAUGUUCAGACAGUUUAAGAUUGGAUUGUCAUGAGUUAACCCUCUGAGAAUUCUGUUCCCUGUGUGAUCUGAGGCACAGAUAAAGCUGAAAAACAACUUGUAUACUUUAGAGUGUACCAUUUUAAGUUGUGACCAAUUAAUCAGGUUACUCAUAUUAUUGUAAGCAAAUAUGUGUGAGGAUAUGACAUCUGGUCGUCGUCGAGCUUGGUUAUCUGGGUUGGCCCCAAAAUCCCCCCUACAAUCGAUUAGUCUCCGCCCUCAAAAAAUGUUACUCCUCCGUCCUCAGUGUGUGUGUGUGUGUGCUUCUUGUGUACCUGAAGGAGAGGAGUUGGUGACGUUCUUUGUGAAAGUGGAGCGUCUCCUGCAGAUACACUGGCAGCAGGAUGGGAGCCAGAGGAACCGCUACCAGGCCCUGCUUACUGUCAUCAAAGCUGUCCACCUCACUGAGGGCUCCAGCAUCAUGACCACCUGUCGCAUCCCCUCUGAGGGUUUGUUGAAGAUCUUCUCAGGGAGUGAACCUGGUGGGAUGGAUCAGAUUCUGUAUGAGAUGAGGUCCAAAGCCUUAUGCCGUCUUCAGUCCUACUGGCUGCCCCAGUACCUCUGCUCCUGUAAGCUCUCCAUCACCAAACUGAAAGAGUGUGCCUCCAUCGUCAAAGAGUACGAGGACAUUGCCUCUAACCUCACCCUGGUAGAGAUCCCGGCUCUGCUUGACCCACUGGGGUGGAGUCUGGGCUCGCCACCAUCAGAGGGCCCUACAGUGACCCGGACCUACUGCUCCAAAGUCAGGAAGAGGCUGCUGUGGAGGGCCCAUCAGAGGCCUGGGACAGGACUUAGGGUUGGGGCAGCAGGGAUGCCCGAUGGGCCGGCCAUGCAGCAGUGGUUGCCCAUGGCCGGGGACGGAGACCAGGGAGAGUGUACCAAUAUUGUGCACCUCAUGAGCAGGCAUGGGGAGGAGAUUGUGGUCAGUGGGGACAAGACACAUGGGGGCAAUGGCAAAAGGGAGGGCAGAAGCAAGAGAGGAGGAAGUGGGAGCUCAAAGAGAAGUACCAGUACUCCACUCCUCAGAAAGGUGAGCUCUGCUAGUCUUGGGCCCAGAACUGGCGUGCCCAUACUCCCCUCCAAGAGCCUGUCCAAUCUGGACAGCAGCAGCACUGACCCCAUCAUCCCCCCUCAUGCCUGUAUGGAGACCCCCAUCUGCCACCUUCCCUCCAUCACCACCACCCCUGUCACCUCUACUCCCGAUCCUCCUUCCAGACCGGUCUGGGGAACACCACACUAUGAUGAGCACCUCUCCCUGGCCCUGUCCGCUGAUGCUCUUGCUGGGGGUCCCUAUGAGAAUUUCCUGAGGGUCAGUGGCCAGAGGGUCAUGCUGCACCACCUGGGACUGUGGCAGGAGCUGGAUGGCUUCCUCAACCUCCUGCUCAAGAUGGAGGAUGGCCCCUCCAAGGCUCUGAGACAGGUGCUGGCUAGAAAGAUCAUUGCUGUGUACUUGAGUGAUGCGUGGCAGUGUGUUAGUCGCCCUGAGGGUGAGUGGUGCACCACCUACCUGACCAAAUCCACCGUCUGCCACCUCAUAAAUCUCCUCCCCUCUGGCAAUGUGAUGCCCUGGAUCUACACGGCCAAGCAGGAACUAUGCCAGGUGGGUGUUAAACCUUUUUUGACUGCAGUAUGUGGUGGACAUCAAAGUGAGAACAUGGAAAGUCGGUUUAUUAUUUAUACUUCUUCUCAUUCCUUGAUUACAAAGUCAUGUAUUCAGUGUCUCAGUACAAAGUUUUCCCUCUUUCCAUUUGAGCAGAUUCUGGGUCCCACCUACAAUGCAUUUCUGGAUGAAGAAGACAAAGUCAUUCUCUUCUAUCUGUUCACUCAGAAUGAGGUCAAGGGGAAAGUGAGUCGUAGAGCUACAGCGCCCUCCAGUGCUCCCACUGCGCCAGAGCAGCAAGUGAGGAGGAUGAGGGAGGCUCUGGCUCUCUGUCAGGCCUGCGCUGAGCCUCUCACUGAGGAGACCUGGGCCCUGCUGCCCCUAGAGGACGUCAGGACAGGAGGCUCUGUUCACCUGCACUACAGAAAGACCAAUCUUUAUGACCUUCCGUUUGAAACCCUGGCUGAGAAGUACCCCAAGGUGGCUGUGGAGGCAAUCAGUAAAACUCACAGACUCUACUAUGACUGGAAGCCAGUACAAGGUACGAUACAAAUUACAUUCAAACUUUUCCUAUCAGCUUCAAUGAUUAAUAAGUCAAUGAAACAUAACAAUAAAAUGUGUCCUUCAGAGGAGACAAAGAAGCCAGUGGUGACAUCCAGUCCUAAGAAGUCAUUCCACCUGAUGAAGGACAAGGACCACAGCUUUGCCGAAAAACCCUCCAUGAGACCAAGGUUUUUAGAGGAGGUGAUGAGAAGUCCCACUAACCUGGACUUCUUCAAGCGUUACCUGAGGGCCUAUGAUGCUCACGGAGCUCUGAACUUCUACCACGAGGUGGACAAACUGCGGAACGUCGACAGCCUCGUCCAGAAGACCAAGAUCAACAGCAUCGUGUCCCGCUUCCUCAGACGAGCAGACGCUAGUAACCACACUGAAUAGAUUAUAAUAGAAUAAUUUGUCCUCUAAGAAGGAAACUAUUUCCCUGCCUUAUAGGUUCAUGAAUAAUCACAUUGACUUUGUUUCAGAUAUACAGUAGGCAAUGUUGUCACUAUAGGCAUCACACUUGCGCUCAACUUAAAUCAAAGUAACACUCUCCUGUACAGUAUGUGCGCUUGAGUUAGCCUAGUUAUGAUAUGCGCAUACCGCAGUAGUUAGCCUACUCUUUUUAAACAUGUGUAGCCAGCCUGGUCUACUAGAUUAGAUGUAACAAAGUAAAUGUAAAUCCGUGACACACAAAUUAGUAUGAUAUGUUAUGUUUGGUAUGGUUACAUGAUAUGGUUAUGUUUGGUACGGUUACAUAAGACAGAAGGUGACUUAAUGCAAAAACCAAGGUUGCGUGUUCGAAUCUCAUCAGACAAUUUUACAAUUUUAGGUCAUUAGAAAUUUUGCAACUACUUUUUAGCCACUUUGCAACAACUUAGCAUGUUAGCUAACCCUUGCUUAACCAUUUAACCUAACCUUAACCCUAGCUAGCGUAAGCCACUAAGCUAACUUUAGCCACAGGAAAUUGGAAUUUGUGACGUAUAUACAAGUUUAGCGAAUUCGUAACAUAUUGUACGAAUUGCAAUUCGUAAAAUAUACUAAUUGGAGUGUCCAGCAUUUAUGUUUACUAUGUUACGCCUUCCCCAAAGUCCAGGUUAGCAUAGCCUACCUGCUCAAUACUCUUCAUUGCCAACAACAGUUAACCUACUGUUUUUAAACAAGUGUAGCCAACAACAGCUCAAUACUCUUCAUUGCCAACAACAGUUAACCUACUGUUUUUAAACAAGUGUAGCCAACAACAGCUAAAUACUCUUCAUUGCCAACAACAGUUAACCUACUGUUUUUAAACAAGUGUAGCCAACAACAGCUAAAUACUCUUCAUUGCCAACAACAGUUAACCUACUGUUUUUAAACAAGUGUAGCCAACAACAGCUAAAUACUCUUCAUUGCCAACAACAGUUAACCUACUGUUUUUAAACAAGUGUAGCCAACAACAGCCAAAUACUCUUCAUUGCCAACAAUAGUUAACCUACUGUUUUUAAACAAGUGUAGCCAACAACAGCUAAAUACUCUUCAUUGCCAACAACAGUUAACCUACUGUUUUUAAACAAGUGUAGCCAACAACAGCCAAAUACUCUUCAUUGCCAACAAGUUUUCCAGUUAUCUUUGUAGCUCCAGUGAAAUUAUUUUCUUUCAGUUUGUGCAUUUAUUUUUGUGUUUGUCACGUGGUUGUUGCUGCUUCACUGAGCUCCACUCGUACACAUCCUCUCUGCGUACACCCUCAUUUGAUUCAGAAGCACGCAACACUUUUUCCCAAGGGCUCUGUCAUUUUGUCAAUUUAUUAUUUGUUUAAUGAGAUCUCUCAUAUUAAAAAUGUAUACAGGUUAGAUUGAAAAGGCCUGUGAAUAUGAUGUGGUGUUAUGAUAGUCUACUUCUGCACAUUUGUGUCGUCUUCAGCUUGUAAAUUAGGUUUCAACCAGUUAAUUUGUUAUGUGCAGCACCCCUGCUUGUUGAUGCAAUGGUUUUGCACAGGGAUUGGGCUCAAGGUAUUUCUACCGGGCUUUACCAGUGAUCUGUAUGCUCUGAAGGGGAGAAUAUCUGUAUGUGGUUAGGCUGCAUUUUGUCUUGACAGUGCCCAUAGCCUGUACCAACCAAAUCCUAAUUUAGUAGGCCUAUAUUGAUUUUGUAAGGGGAAAGCAUAUGACUGUCCACAUUGUUUGUUUUUCUAGGCUAAGUGCUUGUGCAUAUUUCUGGGGACAUUAUUAUGUAGGUCUACCUCUGCUACCACUUCUACCAUUUUGUUAAUAAAACCCACACUUUUUGCACCUUAUCCUUUGCCUCCUGUCUGCCUACUAGCUGAUGGGACUAAAGUCAAACGUCUUUCAUCUUUAGCCAUGAUAACCGUUUAUAACAGGCUGCUAUUUAGCCAUAGCCUAAGAAGCAGAUUUUCGACUAACCCUUACUUGACAGUACUUUCGUAAUUCUCGGCUUGGAAGUCCCCGGUGUCUUUUAUGAACUCCUAGUCAAGAAUGAAGAAAGUAAGCCCUACUGCCUAUAUAUCACAAAUCUGCUGCUUACGGCUAAAUAGCAGCCUUUUAUCAACUGCUAUCACAGCUAAUGAAGAAAGCCUUUUAAUGCCAUCAGCUGCCUGCCUACAGAGAC